AUGGCUGGCGUACACCUGGCAAAUGGUAUUAUUUUACGGAGCUUCUCUAUACGGCCAGUCUCGACCGCAAUUAUAGGAUUUAAGGGCCCAAAGUCAUUGGUGCUUGGGUAUAGAUCUUACAGCAGCCCGAAAAAUGGCGCCCAAACUAGAGCACCGCUGAAUACAUCUCCAGUUGAAUUCUCUUCCAAUAUAUCUGCUAAAAGCACCAAGAAAGCAAGCCAGGUCACUGUUAAAAAUGCUCUGGAAGCACUUAGUUGCACGGAUGAUACCACCACUCACAACGUCCAGAACCUGCCUUUCGAGGUGAAAACAGUUGAUCGUGAGCAACGUCAGCAACUGCGAGCAACUUAUGGAUCGGUGGCGACCAAAUUGAGCACAGAGAAACUGAUCAAAACAUAUAUCCAGCUGUCCAAGCCAAGGCUGACCGUUCUAGUUAUGCUCAGUUGUAUAUGCUCCUAUGCGCUGAGUCCAUCUGCGGCAACAGUGGUCGAAUUAAUGUCCUUAACAGUCGGUACGGCCCUCAGCUCUACAGCUGCCAAUGCUAUCAAUAUGGGAAGGGAACCGGAUUUUGAUCGCAGAAUGAUCAGAACUCAGGCCAGACCCGUUGUCCGUGGUCUCCUGACUCCAAGACAGGCCUACAAAUUUGCUAUGGUCACAGGCACGAUAGGGGUGUCUGUUCUAUAUCUCGGUGUCAACACUACAGUCGCGGCGCUAGGCGCCACCAACAUCGCCUUAUAUGCUUGGAUAUACACAUCAUUAAAGAGGAAACAUAUCAUUAAUACUUGGGUUGGUGCUCUGGUUGGGGCCAUUCCCCCACUUAUGGGCUGGAGUGCUGCUAAUCCACUCUCUGAUCCAGGUGGUUGGUGCCUAGCAGGUUUCCUUUACGCGUGGCAGUUUCCACAUUUUAACACGUUAAGCCAUAAUAUUAGAAAUGAGUACAAAGACGCAGGAUACGUCAUGACGUGUUGGAAAAACCCAAGAUUAAAUGCCAGAGUGGCUUUCAGGUAUUCGCUCUUAAUGUUUCCACUGUGUUUUGGCUUAUCUUACUACAACGUUACAGAUUGGUAUUAUCAGUUAGACUCGGCUAUUGCAAAUGCUUGGCUUUCAUUUUGGGCAUUCAAAUUUUGGUGGCAGCAGAGGUAUAACUAUUCUGCUAAAAUAAUAAAGGAUAGGGUUAAAUUCAACAAGGGUCUAGCAUUAGCCAACAUAUACGCGCGGAAAACAUUUUGGGUAAGUGUAUUGCACCUACCUGCGGUCUUGAUAUUGGCUAUUUUGCACAAGAAAGGUCGUUGGGAUUGGCUUUUCGGGGAUGUAAACGAGGAUCAAAAGUCAUUUGUAUAA